AGCAACCCUGCCAGUGGGCAUGGAUGAAACCUCCCUCAGUGAAGCUAGUCAGGCACUUGAUGAGGCCAAUCAUAACAGCAGAUACUGCCAGGCAUCACCAGGACGUGAACGAGGACAUGCUAGAAGACAUUCCAGUGCUGAUGCACACCAGGAGGAGGGUGAAGAGCUAACGGACCAGACUGCUACCCUCACUCUGACUUCAGCCACAGCUCGGGCACGAGCCCAGAGUGACAGUCAACAUGACCGCCGCAGCAGGGAUGGAACCAAAGACAAUGGACAAGCUGGGAGUGGUGGUGAAGAAGACGGGAGUGGUACACCCCCCAUACCUCCCAGAAGGAAAGAUAAACGAAGACACAACACGCCUCCCAGACCACAGUCAAAUGGCCUGCCACCCACGCCUAAGGUUCACAUGGGAGCAUGCUUUUCAAAGGUGUUCAAUGGGUGUCCACUACAUAUUCACUGCACAGCUUCUUGGAUCCACCCAGAGACCCGUGAUCAGCACAUCCUUAUUGGUGCAGAAGAGGGCAUCUACACCUUGAAUCUGAAUGAGUUGCAUGAAGCCACCAUGGAACAGCUGCUUCCCACUAGAACCACAUGGAUGUUCGUCAUUAAGGAUGUGCUCAUGACGAUAUCAGGUAAAGGGCCAUACCUUUAUCGUCAUGAACUUAUUGGCCUCCACAAUCGGCAUCUCCACAAGUUCUCUCUUCCUAUGAACAAAAUCCCAGAAAAGUUUUUGCCACGAAAAUAUGCAAUCACUAACAAGGUGCCCGACACCAAGGGAACGCUGCGAUGUUGUGUGGGUCGCAACCCUUACAAUGGCUACAAGUACCUGUGUGGGGCCACCAACUCCUCUCUGUACCUGAUGCAGUGGUAUGAUCCACUCAAUAAGUUCAUGCUACUGAAGCAAAAUGAGUGCUACCUACCACACCCGUUGAGAGUCUUUGAGAUGGUUAUAACACCAGACCUUGAGUACCCACUCAUGUGUGUGGAUGUGAACCGCAGCUAUGGGUCAGAAGAUGAGCUGCGGCACAAUCUCAUUGACCUUAACACUGGCACAACUUGGACUCCAGACGAAGAUGAGGACAUGGAUGGCAUGGCAACUGUUGUGCCACGCCACAACCUCAAUGUAAAGAAUGUCACCCAAAUUGAGAAGGAUGCAAUCCUUGUGUGCUAUGAGAAUAUAGUAAGAGUGGUUAAUCUGCAAGGAAGACUCAAGGAGAGGAAAAAGCAAACAUCUGAGCUCACAUUUGAUUUCAAUAUAGACUCUAUAGUGUGCUUGACAGACAGUGUGCUGGCCUUUCAUGAGCAUGGUAUGCAAGGCCGGAGCUUUAAAAAUGGAGAGAUAACUCAAGAGAUCAUAGACAACUCCCGAGUCUUCAGGUUACUUGGCUCAGACAGGGACACCAUAGCUUCGUCCAACUUGGUUUCGACUAUUCCCAUGAUGUCCGGUUCGUUCUCCCUCAGGUAAUCAUUUAAUUCUGCCAGUGCUGAUGUUAGCCCAUUCAUGUUUGUGUAUGCCACCUUUAGUUUAAUGUGUUUCUGUGUGUUUGUGAGUGCAGCUGUGUGUAAGUACUAUAUUUGACGGCUUAUAAGACGCACCUAUUUUUCCAAAAAAAAUGUCUCAGAAAAUCACCCUGCAUCUUAUAAGGUCAAGGGUCAGGUUUGGGUUACUGACUAGUGGAGUUUUAGUGCUGCAGUGGCCCUUAAAUUGAAUCGCAAACAUAUCCGUAUAUGUAAGCAAGGUGGCGAUCGCUUCUACACCAACAACGGCAACUCUUUUCUAAAGUAACAAU